AUGUGGAGGUACACCAACGUGUUGGCCUUUUUGCUAGUUUUAUGCAAGGAUGCGUCUUCGCAGAGCAAGAUAUUUGGAGAGACGGAGCCUGUGCGGAUGACAUCUGAGGGCUCUGACUGUCGCUGUAAAUGCAUCAUGCGUCCACUGAGCAAGGAUGUGUGCCUGCGGCUAAAGACCGGCAGUGUGCGUGUAGAGGAUGUCUACACGGUGGAGACGGUCAGUUCUGGGUCAGACUGUAAGUGCUCAUGCACCGCACCACCAUCCUCCCUCAACCCCUGUGAGAACGAGUGGAGGAUGGAGAAGCUGAAGAAACAGGCACCCGAACUGCUGAAGCUCCAAUCAAUGGUGGAUCUCCUCGAGGGAACCCUUUACAGCAUGGACCUAAUGAAAGUGCACUCCUACAUCAACAAGGUGGUGUCACAGAUGAACACCCUGGAAGAGACCAUCAAGACGAACUUGACGCGGGAGAAUGAGUUUGUGAGAGACAGCAUGACCAGCCUCACCAACCAGUUCAAGAGAUACGAGAACUACUCCAACAUUAUGAUGAGUAUAAAGAAGGAGAUCUCCAGCCUGAGCCUGCAGCUGCUCCAGAAAGACUCCUCUGAGACCAAAGCCCAGGUCACCACUGAUGGGAAACCUGUAAUGGCAGCCAACAAAAAGACGCCUGUGGCCAAAACACCUCUGAAAGCUGUCAAAGAAAGGGUCAUCAAGCCCAAGAAAGAGGUCAUUAAAGCUGGGAAGUCAGUGAAGCCUGUUCCAACAGCCAAAGCCAAGGUCGUUGGCCACCAGCCUGGUGUGGUGCGUGGCAUAACAUACUACAAGGCUGCCAAGUCUAGCGACGAGAACGGAGAAGACCACGCUGUCCAUAGCUACACGGUCCACCACGUCACCGGAAGUCGGUCGGAGGACGGAGGAGAAGAAACGAUCCUCGAAACUGUUGAAGCCUCGGAGGCUGACACCAUCAACGCCAUGCGACCUCCCACUGCCGCAGCUACCACUGCCUCCACAACCACCACUACCAGCACCACCACCCCAACGACAGCCAUUCCAACUACCACCACUACUACACCCACAACUACCUCCGCCACCACCACUCGUAGACCAGUGUCUUUAUCUGAAAAACCAGCUCCGACCAUUGUGCUGACCCUUGACAACUCCAACAAUAACAGUCUGCCCACUCUCCACAGAGCAGGGAAAAUCCUCAACUGUGAAGGAACUCUGGCCUCCAUUGAGCAACCAGAGAAGCAGCACAGUUACGGGCGGAACGAAGGAGCCUGGAUGAAGGAUCCCCUGGCCAAAGACAACAAGAUCUACGUCACUAACUACUAUUACGGUAACAACCUGGUGGAGUUCCGCAACCUAGACAACUUUAAACAAGGGCGCUGGAGCAACCUCUACAAGCUUCCAUAUAACUGGAUAGGAACAGGUCAUGUUGUUUAUAAUGGAGCCUUUUAUUACAACAGAGCUUUCACCAAAAACAUCAUCAAGUAUGAUCUGAGGAUGAGAUACGUGGCCGCCUGGACUCUGCUGCAUGAUGUGGUUUACGAAGACACCACCCCGUGGAAGUGGAGGGGCCACUCGGACAUUGACUUUGCAGUGGACGAAAGCGGCCUGUGGGUUAUUUACCCAUCUGUGGACUACGACUACAACCAACAGGAGCUGAUUGUCAUCAGCAAACUGGACCCCGGAGACCUGUCUUUGAAGAAGGAGACCACCUGGAGGACAGGCCUCAAGAGGAACUCGUACGGGAACUGCUUCAUUAUCUGCGGCGUCCUAUACGCCGUCAAUGAAUACAACCAAAAAGAAGGCGAGAUAAACUACGCUUAUGACACGCACACCAACAGUGACGCCAUCCCACGCUUGCCCUUCACCAACGAGUAUGCCUACACCACCCAGAUUGACUACAACCCUAAAGAGAAGGCCUUGUAUGCCUGGGACAAUGGCCACCAGCUGACAUAUCAGGUGAACUUUCUGGACCAGUGAGCACAGCCCAUUUGUGCUACACAUAAGCUCACACUAGGCCUGCCAGUGUGGCACCUAUGUGGAAAGACGAUAAGGUAUUUAAGUUCCGACAAACAGGCAUAUUUGACUCAACAGGACAGAGGAUGAAUCUCCAGCAGCAUUACAUCAUCACAUAACGCUAUUCAAACACCUGACCUCACUAAAUACCAAACAAACGUGCCUCAAAUAUGUAUUAUGUCACUAGAAUGGAGAGUUAACAGCAACGUAAAUAAUCUAAUGGGUUGAGUAGUAAUUAAUUUGGGUAGAAGUCUGUAAACCCACAGACUUGUGUUCUUUCUUUUUUGUGUUUUUACAAUAUCCUCAGCAGGCUGAAUGAUUCCUACAGAAGUUACUGAUCAAUCAAAGGUUGCAUUUUGGAUUUCAAUGUUGUUGUGUAGAUCUUUGCAAGAGAACAUACAGAUUUGGAACAUGACCAUGCUGACGCCUCAGAAAAGAGAAUCAAACAUAACAGAAAUACUGUAUAUGUACAGUAUAUAUAUAUAUAUAUAUAUACAUAUAUAGUAUAUAUGAGUACAUAUAUAUUUAUAUAUAUAUAUGCUGGUUCAGUGUUUCAUUUAAAAAGUAAAUAGCAAACAAAGCCUCAAUAUUUUUAAAAUGUCACUUGAAAUAUUUGAUAAAAAAGUACACAGAGACAAAAAUCAGGCACAACAUUUUUAAUGCAUGUUCUCAGUAGAAUAUGUGUAUUAAUUUGAAGCGCUUAGACAAAAAUCACUUGGCCUUUUUGUUGCGUUUACCAAGAAAGGAUCUAUCAUAAUGUGACACGUUGAUUUUACUAUUUUUGUUCACUAGCUCAGCGUAAGCUACAUUGCUAAAAGGGCAGUCCAAAAUAAAACUUCCUUACUUUUAAGUGAGCUUCAUAAGAAGUUGAGGAUGAGGAUGAUUGAUCAUCCUAGCUCAUAGCAGUUAGCCUAAAAGUUUUUUCUGUAAGGCAUACUGACAGCUGUUAGCUUAGCAACUAAAGCUUUUAAUAGCAGGUAGCUGAGCAAUAUUGAUAAAAUAUAGAUAUAAUCAGAAAAUCUGUAAAAGCGAUGCAUAACUGCUAAUCAGGUUGUACGAACAUGAACUCAUCGUCAUGAAGACAUUUGUUUGUAUUUAUUUUCGGUCUUGAAGCUAAGAGAAGAAGUAAUACAUUUGUAUUUAUUUUUUUAACUUCUCAACUUUGGUCAGUGGAAGCUGUUGUUAAAAAGGCUGGGUUUUAAAAGCUUUUCUUUGGUUUGCCUCAUCUUAGAUACUUCUUUCUUACAUUUUUUACUGGCUAUUUUAGACUGGUGGUUCUUUGGCUCGGCUUUGAUAUUUAACUCACCCAUGAGAUCGUUUCUGCCUCUGAGAAAUAUUAGUAAAAUGUAAUUACUUCCUACUUACUAUCAUUUGUCCAUCUGCUAAGAACUUUCACUGAGCACUUUGUUUGCUAUUUUAGCCUAAUGAUGUGUUUUCUAUUGGUAUUGUUUAAAAGCAUGCAUUGAUAACAGUAACAAAAGCACCUGUAGUAUGUUUUGAAGUUUAAGCAUUAUUUAGUUAUAUUAUUGACCUAAAUUUAUUUGACAUGUAACAUAAAGCAACAUCAACAUUUUUUGUCAAAGUUGGCCUCUGUGUAUGUGGGUGUUUCUGGUAUUUUAACAGCUUUAGACAACUAUGAUUGCGAGGUGUUGAUCGACUUUAAGAUUUGUCAUAUACAUUUACAGAGACAUUUACAUUUAGAAUGGGUUCCAACAAUGGGGACAUAAAGUGAAAAGAUUAUACUGCUUAUUCAGUUAGUGUUACAUAUCUACAACUGUGGGCCAUAAAACUGAAAUAAAAAAAUGAACUUUCUCUUAACUCUUUUGAAAGGCUAGGCCAGAAUUACAGAAUGUGUGCAUUACCACCAAUGCCCUGCAGGGGCAGACUAUGCUAAACUCUGGACUCUUGAAACAUACAAUUCGGGUAACAUUUCCCAUGUAAUGGUCAGUCAGUGUAGACUCACUUGUUUUGACCAUUAUACUAAAUACUGUGUUAUUAUUUUAAUAAGAUAUCACAGCUCUACAAUGUGUUAGUGACUUAGACAUCUUAGACUUAGACAUCUGUCAGUGAAAUGAUUGGAUAAAGAAAUUAAAAAAAUGACACAACAAGAAGGUACUAUGUAAUCUGUCAGUAUCAACACAGUAGUAUGGGUUAAAAAACACAUCCAUCUACUUCCAUCAGUGUCGAUAUCAUUAAAUCUUUAAUGGUGCCCAUCCCAUAGUAUUAUUCAAAUGCAAGCUUUUUUUUUAAUUCUAAAAGUCUUGAAAUGUAACCCAACACUUGAAUGCAGCUGUGUGUACAUCUGCAGCAUGAAAUAAAAAUGUCCAUAAUAAAAAGAA